AUGCGUUUGCUACUUGAUGAUGAAGCAAAAGGCACAGUUCAGGUGGCUACUGAGUCGCAGUUCGGGGUGUGCAUCUCCAAAGCUGAGGUUGGCUAUACUGAGAAUGUGGAAGCACUACUGGAGUCAUUGGAUAGCCCGUUGAAUAUUGUGCACACGGUGAACCCCAAAGAAGUGGCCCAGCACUUCGAAAGCUGGCUGCAAUCUCUGAAAAAGGAGGUGAGUUCGCUGGAGCAUGCAGUCGAUCGGGUGCAAUGCCAUGAUCCGGAAGUCCGACGGGAUGUUGAAUCUGGAAAGGGUCAAGUGCUGCCAAUGAAGGUAGUAUACACCGUGAAACCACCAGACCCUCCACCUGAAGGUGAAGAACACAGUGUUUGGUUUAAGCGAAAAUCCCGAAUCGUCAUAUGCGGCAACUUUGCAGCCCACCAAGCCGGCGAGGUGUACACCAACACGGCACCAGCAGAAGUAGUCAGAGCGGCUAUUGCAUUGGCCCGUUUCUUCAACUGGGACUUGGGCAUGAUCGAUGUGGUAGCAGCUUUCUUGCAAACUCCACUCAAGGCUUUGGCAGGGGCACCACUUGUGUAUGGCAUCCCGCCCAAGGCGCUAAUCAAAGCUGGCUUGUGUAAGCCUGAUGAGCUGUGGAGGCUGACCCACGCGGUGUACGGUCUACAGGAAUCACCCAAACUUUGGGGAUCGUACAGAGACUUGAGGUUGGCACAGAUCCAACUGAUCUUCGAGGGCAAGAGGGUCACUUUGCUACAGGGCACGGUGGAGCCAUCGUGGUGGUCAGUGCUGCAAGAGGGGUCGUUGCUCAUCGGCAUCAUUGUAGUGUACGUCGACGAUUUGUUGAUUUGCGGUUACGCUUUGUCGCAGAAGUCCUACAUAGAGGAGCUGAUACGGCUACAUGGUAUUUCGCCGAACCGCAAGGACGUGAUCCCUCUCUCCAAGGACUUGGCCGUGUUUGCAGUCAGCGAGGAGGAGGGUGAAUACACGCAAGAAGAACUAAGGUCUGCGCAGCAGUGGGCGGGAGAAUUGCUGUGGAUCUCGCAGCGAACCCGUCCAGAUGUGGCUUUCACUGCAUCCUUGGUAGGAUCUUUGGCAACAAGAGCGCCUAGGAGAGCCGUGCAAAUUGGAGAAAAGGUUCUGGCGUUCUUGCAGAGAACCAUAGACCUGUCUUUGAUCUAUGAGGGAGAUGGAUCGGGCUUGACAGCCUAUUGUGAUGCGAGCUUUGCCCCGGAAGGGGGACGGAGCCAUACUGGAUGGCUUGUGCAAUUGAAUGGUUGUACAAUCUCAUGGCGCUCAAGCAGGCAGACAACAGUGACGUUGAGCACCGCAGAGUCUGAGUUGAUGGCAAUGUCGGAGGCCAUUUUCGCGCUGCAGAGCGUUGAUUCAAUGCUUCAGGAUGUGAGAGCCCCUGACAAGCCACACCAGUUGUUCUCAGAUUCCACCUCGGCACUUGCAAUCGCAAAUGGGUCAGGGAGCUGGAGAACAAGGCACCUUAGGCUUCGCAGUGCAUGGGUCUUAGAGCUGAUCAACGGGAAUAUGAUUGUGGGGCAGCAUCGCAAUGGGGAAUUUCAGCCUGCUGAUUUGCUGACUAAAGCUUUGGCUUCCCAAAGGAUUCGCUCUUUGAGUCGCUUGAUCAACUUGCGAGGUCCGCAUGAUGAAGGAGAAGAUCCAGAGCCGAAGCCAACAGCAGCAAGCGGCAGCAGCAGUGCAGUAGCCCCUAAUAAAAUUCCCAAGGGUCUCAUAGCUCUUCUGGUACUGUCGCAAGCUGUACUUGGAGAGGCCUAUAGCUGGGAUGAGGAAGAGGCUUUGGUUGUCAGGACAGGGUUGGCAGUCGACUAUGGCAUGGUGACGUGGGCUUUGCUUUGGAUCGCAGUGAUUUUGUUUCUGUUAGCAUGGGAGCUGCUGAAGUGGCUGAUGUGGCUAGCUUACGAUAGGGCCACGCCUGGCGCAAGUUCUCGACGAGUGCGCAGGCUCCAAAAGCUAAGGGAUGCGACUACAUCUGCGAUUCAAAGGGAGCUGGAGGUUCGCGUUGGACGGCGAGCAGAACAGAGCGAGUGA